UACCCUGGUCAAGAAGCCUGCUUCGAAAAGCUUAGAGAUAUACUCUCAUAUGUUGUGCCGUCACACUACACUCAAAAUACUGGAGGCGGAAGGGUUGUGUGUAUAAUCUUACAGAUUAUGAAGCAGUUCUGAGGUCCAUUAAGGGGUGUAAAGAUGUUGAGUGUGAAGAAAUACCUUGGGGAACACUUAAUGUAGUUGAAAAGCUUUCACAUUCCAUCAUUCCUGGGAGAUGGAUACCUUGCAGGCCAGAGCAUCUUCCAGAUGAGAAGGUCAAUGAGUUGAUUAACGGACUUCCUAAAACAUUGCUAGACACCCUUCUACCUUUUCAGC